AUGCCUUGUACCUUCAUCCAGAUCUAUGUUAAAGCCGCAACACUCAGCAAGAAUGAAGAGAAGAGGCGACAGCUGGAAGAAUGGCUGGAAGAUUCUAAGCUGAAACUGCAGCAGAUGCUGCAGAAGGCAGCGCCCUUGCCUGAGGUUGAGGCUCAGCUGGCACAGGGAGCAGAGGCUCUGCACAAGAAUCCUGUCCACAAGAAGGAAGCUGGGGUUCCACCAGGACAGGGCCCAACCGUAACAAGAGACACCCCACCACCCAAUCCCUGCUCUGCUCAUCUUCAUGGGAAGACCCAGGCCUUGGCACUGCAGGAAGAUGCGGGACCCUCCCGAGAAAGCAAGGGCACCCCAGAUGCCCUCCACAAAGGCCCCAAGAAGAAGGGCAUGAAAACUUACCUCAGCAACCUCUUUGGAAAGAAAACAAAGGGCAAGAUGGAACAUCCAGGCCAGGACAGCUCUUCCUUGGGCCAGGCUUUCACGCAGCUCCCAGGCUAAUGGUGCGUCAGUCCAGACCUGCAGACCUAGGGGACGCGGGUUGGUGCACUCGAUCAC